CAUGCGAGAGGUUGUUCGUUUUGAGAAUUCUUUUUGAAGCUUAUCUUAAAAAUGAGUGCAAUUGCACUAUUAAUUUUUAUUAGCUUUUUUGGGGUGGAAGUGAUUGCGGAAUAUAUCGUUCCCGAACCAACUAUUGAAGUUUUUCAUCCUAAAGGAUUUACUGUUUCUAUACCAGAUGAUGGCGAAAUAAAAUUAUUUGCUUUUCACGGAAAGAUCAACGAAGAAUUCGAUGGAAGAGAAGCCGGGACGUUUGCUAGAGAUAUAACAUUAGCAAAAAAUGGAAAAUGGACCUUUACAGAUAGAAAUACAAGGCUUAAAAAAGGAGAUAUUAUCUACUAUUGGUUGUAUGUAAUUAAUAAGAACGACAACUUGGGGUAUCUUAGAGAGCAUGAAUUUUACACAGUAACAGAUAUACAAAACGGUAACAACAAAAAUAACCAGCCGAAUAACAACAAUAAUAAUAAAAAUGAACAACCAACAAAAGCACCUCCCGUUAUCACAACUUCUUCAGUUUGUUAUGAAACUCUUACAAAAGUUAAUGGAGCUUCGUCUUGUUCUGGAAGAUUAAUAUUUUCGGAAGAAUUCUCCGAUAUAAAUCGAUGGCAAAAGGAAAUUAGAUUCGCUUCAGAACCUGAUUACGAAUUUGUAACUUACACAGACGACGCUGAUAAUUUAUAUUUAAGAAACGGCCAAAUUCAUUUCAAACCAAUUUUAGCCGAAGAUAAAUAUGAAGUUGGUUUUGUCACUUCAUCAAAGGAGUUUGAUUUAAAAUUGAGGUGUACAUCAUCAAUUGAAAAUGAAUGUAAAAGAAAAGCAGUGGGGGCGAAUAUCCUCCCACCAGUUUUCUCAUCGAGAAUUAAUACAAGACCAUCCUUUUCAUUUCUUUAUGGAAAGGUUGAAAUAAAAGCAAAAUUACCGAAAGGAAAUUGGAUUUAUCCGGAGCUUUAUUUAACACCGAAAAAAUUUUCUUACGGUUCUGGGUUUAAUUCCGGUGAGAUGAGAAUAGCUUUUGUGUUAGGAAAUGAACAUUUAAAUGGUGCAUUAUGUGGUGGACUUAUUUUGGGGGAUGACGAAAAGGGAAGAAAUUUUGCUUUAAAAAAAAUUAUUAAAAAUAUAAAUUGGAGCGAUGAUUUUCAUAUCUUUGGAUUGGAAUGGUACCGUGACAAAGUGACCGUUUCCGUUGAUGGAGUCCCUUAUGGAAAUAUUUACCCACCAUCAGGUGGAUUUGGCGAUGGUUAUAAAUCGCCAAGUUCGGAGAAAUGGAAACAAGGAGAUGUUAUGGCCCCGUUCGACCAAGAAAUGAUAAUUACUUUGGGAGUUGGCGUUGGUGGCCAUGCUAUUCCCGAUGUCGAAGGAAAACCUUAUACAAACCAAGACUCAAAAGAAGUGUUUCAUUUUUAUAAGGCCAAACAUAAUUAUUUGCCAUCUUGGCAAGAAGGAAAUGAAUUAAUUGUGGAUUAUGUAAAAGUUUUUGCUUUAUAAAAGCAAAUUUUCUACUUUGUCUAAAAUAAAAUCUUUUUAUACAUAAUCAUUACAUUUUCUAAAAAUUAUGUUUAGUUUUUGAGGAAUAAAUUAGCAAAGAUGAUCUAUUUUUGACAAA